AUGUCGCCCGCGCCCGCGCCGCCGUCGCGCGUCGUCGACGACGCGCGCGCGCGAAACGUGAACACGGCGAGCGCGUUGGCGUCGAUUUGGAAAAAUCGAUGCGACGCGCUGACGAGAGACUUGGAGCGCGCGAGGGAGACGUUCGAGGAGAUGAAGCGUGAGUUAUGCGUUCACAGAGACGCGUCGGAGCGCGAGCGGGCGGAGAAUGCGACGUUGGAGCGUGAGAUUCAAAAGGCGCGUUUGGACGCGAAGGAAAAUUCAAAAGCGUCCGAGCGUCUCGCGGGCGAGAUUAGAGCGUUAACGUGCGAGCGAGAUAACGUUUUGACGGAAAAGAGAGACGUCGAAGAAGCGUUGGAGCGGGCGAAGAGCGAGGCGUCGGCGUCGGCUUUGAUGAUAGAGAUGGAGCGGGCGGAGACGCUCGAGCUGUUGGAUGGCGAGCGAAGAGCGCGAGCGAGCGCGGAGAAACGACGAGAUAAGUGCGAGAGAGCGAUGAAGGCGAUGCGAGAGGACAUGGAGGCGAGGGAGAGAGAGUUUGCGAACGAGCUCGAGCGCGAGCGCGUCGCACGUGCGCGAUUGGAGGAGGAUAGGGUGGAGCUCGAGGCGGACAGGCGACGAUUUCGAGAUUUUGAACAAAUGUUAGCGGCGGAGAAAAUUAAAGUGGUCGAGGCGCACAGUUCGAACAAAAUGGCACAACAGGCGAUGCAGGAGCGUAUGACGAAGGCUGAGAACGAAUCGGCGGCGAUGCGGAAAAUGAUGGAGUCUCGUUCGACGGAGAUGGCAAACGCGGUUCGACGGCUGAACGAAGAGCUUGCGGUGCAGCACGACGUCGUAGAGCGCGGUAUGAGUGCUCGCGUCGACGCGCUGAGGGAGGCGUUCGAUGAAGAAAUCGUUCGCGUUAGAGAACGCGCGAAUGUCAUGAUCGAGGCGGCGAGAAAGAAGGAGACGGCUGCAAACGAACGAGUGAAGGAAUUGGAGCUCACCGUCUCGCGAGCCGAACAGAUUUCUCGCGACGCGCUCAACAAAUUGAAAUCCGUCUCAGCCGCGACCGUCGAGGCCGAGCGCGAGUGCGAGCAGCUUCGAGCUAGUCUUCAUUCAUUGGGAGAGAUCAACGCCAAGCUCACUCGCCGAAUCAUCGACGGUGAGCCUUUCGUGUUGGACGACGAAGUCGUCGAUCGCUCGGGCGCUCGUGUGCGCUCGCCCGUUUCGGAGAUGAGCGUGAACACGCCGUCUCCGCCGGCACAGCGGGCGCGCAAAACGGGACCGUCCUCGACUGGUUCUGUCCGUUACGCUGCACACGAUAUUCAAAAAAUCCACCGCGAGCUCGAGGCUGAGCUCGCCAAACUCCGCGUGGAGCAUGACGCUAUCGCUCGUGAGAUUGGUGCCUCCGCCGCGGCUGAGGGAGAGAUGCUCGCCCGAGCGCUUCAAGACGCCCAGGAGCGCAUGGAGGCCAAGGCACGUCAGGUGAAACUCCUGAACUCGUCGAAUAGAAACGCUGCGCCGUGA